AACAUUUGAAAAACACUCGCUUCACAAAGUUCUUCUUUAAUUGGGUCUCUACAGGCCUGUCCUUUGUUGUGCCUCUGUUGGGCAGUGCCCACGGCCACACUGUUGGACAACAUUUCUUCAUUAUUCCAGUGAGGGUGUAUGUAUGCCCGCCCCGCUUCUUGCCUGUUACUCUCCAGUGUGCCAAGAAUGUCCCUGACUCCUCACCCUGUGCACCUUCUUUGCCAUCUACUGUUGCUACUAACAGCCUUGGGGAUUGGGGUUGGUGCUCACUCUCUUUGCUUUGACUUUGCUAUAAAAUCAUGGUCCAGACCAGGGCAGCCCUGGUGCAAAGCGCAGGUCUUCAUGAAUAAAAAUCUUUUCCUUCAGUACAACAGUGACAGCAACAUGGUCAAACCUGUGGGCCUCCUGGGGAAGAAGGUCCUUCCACUCUGCAGGCCAAGAUGUUUUGUCAGCGUGAAGCAGAAUGAUGCACUGGUGCGUCCUGGCAGUUUGUCAUUAGUGGAGAGGAAUCCCUCCUCUUUGAUGCGAUGAACAUGACCUGGACAGCAAUUAAUCAUGAAGCCAGCAAGAUCCAGGAGACAUGGAAGAAAGACAGAGGGCUGGAAAAGUAUUUCAGGAAGCUCUCAAUGGGAGACUGCAAUCACUGGCUCGGGGAGUUCUCAGCACUGGGAGGUGAUGCCAGAACCGACACUCAUGGCUCAGAAACUCUGACCACAGAAAAAUUAUCACAUUGUUUUUUGUUUGUUUGUUUUUUGAGAUGGAGUCUCACUGUUGUCACCCAGGCUAGAGUGCAGUGGUGUGAUCUCAACUCACUGCAACUUCAACCUCCCAGGCUCAAGCGAUUCUCCUGCCUCACCCUCCCAAGUAGCCGAGAUUAUAGGCACCAGCCACCAUGCCCACAUAAUUUUUGUAUUUUUAGUAGAGAUGGGGUUUCACCAUUUUGGCCAGGCUGGUCUCCAACUAUAGAUCUAAUGUGAUCUGCCCUCCUCGGCCUCUCAAAGUGCUGGGAUUACAGUCACGAGCCACUGCACCUGGCUAAUUUUCAGAUUUUCAGUAGAGACAGGGUUUUGUCAUGUUGGUCAGGUGGGUCUCGAACUCCUGACCUCAAAUGAUCUGCCCACUUGACCUCACAAAGUGCUGGGAAUAGAGCAUGAGCCACCAAGCCCAGCCACAAGUAGUUCUUUUCUGAUAAACACUUUAAAACUAAAUGAAAAAGAAGUGUGUGUUACUAGUUUUUUGUUUUAUUUGUUUUUGUUGUUGUUGUUUUUACUUUAAAACAGACACACCAAACAUGU